UUACAUCAUCUGAAUCUGAAUACAUAUUGUGUAGUUGUGAAGGGGUUUGAAAACUAUUAAUCGGUAACUAAAUCCACUGUAAUGUUGCUAUAACUACCGUGUUAAGGCAUUUAUUUGUUCACAAGUAUCAUAUGCGUGACAUUUGCAAAAAUGUAAAGGUGGAAAUAAUAGCAUAAAAAAAGAAAUUAAUAAUAAGAAAGAAUAUGGAAAAAGAGCUAAAUGUAAAAAUUGAAAAUUUUCACACAAAUAUUAAAACUAGAAGUAAGUAUAAACAUCAAGAAAUAAACUAUGAAAAUCAUUUGAAUGAAACCUUGCCCUUCGAUCAUCAUCGAGGAGAUAUUGCUUCAACUAGCAGAUUGCUUGGUUAUUCAGACACUGUAAUGGCUACUUGCGCGACUUUUCUUGUACUUCCUAUCAGAAACUUAAAAAAACAAGUUGAAAACCAGUCUCUACUAGAUUUCCUUAGGUCAAAUUAUCUGGAGUUAAUAGAAUUUUUUUAUGGCUUUUUAAUUAUUCUAACGAUUUGGGAAAACAUAAACAUUCGAGCAAUAGUGGUUAAAAGAGUAGAUGAUUUUAUUUUAGCGUUGAUUAUUUUUGAAAUGUUGGCAACUUCUGUUCUUCCCUUUACUUUAGAAUUGCAAGCGCAUUAUCCCGAUGAAAAAGUGUCUGUUUUAUCAACAUGUGCAGUUUUGAUUUUUCUUCAAUUAAUUGAUAUUGGAAUAAUUUUAUACGCAACGUAUUCACCAAAACUUCUUCAUAUAGAUUUAAAAAACUGGACAAAAUCUGAACUUCAUGAAUUAUGUUUAAUUAUGAUUUUCAAACCGUUAAUUAGUCUAAUUUUACUUUUAACUGCUGGCGCGUUUUGUUGGGUUCACUAUAGUAUAUCAUUGGUGUUUAUUGCUUUAUUGAUUUUAAUGCCCAUCAUUCGAAAGCUUUAUUGGUUUUUUCUCCGACGAAUGAAAAAAUUUGAAAGAACGGAAAAAGGCUCUUUCCUAGAAAACUUUUCGAAAGGUAACAUUUCAAAAGAACGCCUUGAAAAUAUGAGUGAUAAUGCAAUUGCUAUCAUCGCGUGCAUUUUAAUUGUCGAUAUUACUGUUGAUAAUUUUCCGCCAAAAAAUGAUGUUAGUAAAAACGGCCUCAACUACAAGUUAAAGCACAUGACUCCUGAAUUUCUUACAUUUCUUGCUACAUUUUGUUUAGUUUCUGCUUUGUGGUACAUAAACCAUGCUGUUCUACAUUUAAUUGAAACCGUUAACUCUAUUAUGUUGUAUUUUCAAAAAAUAUUUCUUAUGUUUUGUUGUCUUUGUCCACUUGCUGGAAACAUGAUAUUACGUUUUGCAACAGAAAUUAACAAUGAUUCUGUGGUUUCUAUUCGUUAUUCAGCAAUAAUUGUAUUUAUUUCGAGUAUUUCAAACUUUUUUAUAUUUUUGUAUGGUGUGCUUACUGGGUCAAAAUAUUUUCAUGAUUGGGCUUCAAUAAAACAUUUUAAGAAAAAUAGACGUCAGCAUUUUUAUGCCCUAGCUAAAGCAGUUAAUGUACCGUUCUGGUCAUUGAUUUGCAUUCUUGGAACUUUAGGCUCCACUUCAGCAGCACCAUACGUUUUAUAUGUUACAUUUCUUGCUGCUUUUUGUUCGUUUUUUGUUUCAAAAAUAAUUCUAAUGAACCAUUUGGGCAAGGCAGCAGCAUAUAUAAAAAAAACUAUUAUUCGUAGAAAGCCAUUUGCAAUUGAGAAAAUUACAGAAAGCGCCCUCAAAAAUUAAAAGAGAUAUUUUUUUACUUUAAGCAACAUAAGUACGCUAUCUAUAAUGUGAUAUUAAAGUAGUUGUUGGAUACAAGGUAUUUGCAAAUCAAAUAUAAAUUAUAAAUGGAUACUUUUGAGUUUUUAAUUUAAAAAUCGUAAUUAGAUAGAACUUAUUUGUAUAUGCAAAAUUGUAAUAUUAUAGCAAAAAAUAUAUAUGAUACGACAAUA